UGGCUGGCUGACUUCCGCGUGAUUUUGUAGGGAAGCAUGGCAGGAGAACCGUGGAACAGGGUAAACAUUGCCUUUCCCGGUGCCGUUUCUAGUGUCCGUGUACAUUUCAGCUCAGCUACAGAUGCGAGAGUUAAAGCCCUGUUGGGGGAAAAUGAGAAGGUGCUUAAGCUUAUUCGGAGUGAGAUUCUUCAAACGGAGGUACGAGUUCUCUACGAGCUGCUGUACAUCCUAAAUAACAGCUACAGAGGCAACAAGACGUUCAAAUGCUUAAAGCAGGUCGAACAAUGCAUAAACAGGCUGAAGAGCAUGAAACUUGAGGUUGCUCUUCAGGAGCUGACAGAGCUGUGUCCCAACAGAAUUCAACGAGGGCUGAGCGUCAAGGCUGGUGAGUGUGAUGUUCCCAGUCAGCCCAUGCUGGAGUGGCUCUGUCUCAAAGUGCUGGGAGCCGCCCAACUGAUGAGCUGCACAUUGAAUCGCUGCAGUAGAGCUUUCUCACUCACAAAGCAGCAGAUGAAAUGCGAGGAGUUUGUCAUCUUGAAUAUGGUGAUAACCAGCAUGCUCAGUCGUCUCUGGGUGGUUGCACGAGGUAUCUUGGUCAGCCUGUCCACGCUGUAUCAGCAGCUCCUGGGGCUCCUCGGACAAGUAGCCGAAGCCCAGCCCAUGCCUUUCCUCACAGACUUCUCCCUACCAGCAGAUGUGGCUCAGUUCCUGGGUCCUUCUGAUGCAUUGUCACUGACCAAAAAGCCAGCUCAUGUCAAAGAAAGCAAGGAGCAGCAGCAGAGCGAGGAAUCUUCUGUUAAAGUCAAGAAUCGGGGUGGGACAACAAGGAAGGUUAAAGAAGAUAUGGGUGUUACUGUUGAAAGAGUUCUCGCUCUUGACACUGACAUGAAGCCUUUUCUUAAGGUUUUCAGAGACUUUACCGAGCAGAAAACACACAAGGCUGACCAGAAACAAAAGUUCCAGACACAAGUGAGAGAGGCUACCACUUUCACAGACAUGGCGACCCAUCUUGAAGAAAUGAUUCCAUGGUGUGAAUCCCAGAAGAUGGAAAAGGAAAAACGUCUUUUAACCUUCCUGCAUUUAAAGUGCCAAAGGAUGAAAUGCCUAGAGGGAGCCGGUUACAACGUCAAGAGGAGGUUGCGGACCUUCACACAGGAAGCUUCCUGGGCUUCCUCUCCCCAAGGAUCAGUGCCUCGAAGCUGUCGGUCAUCUGCUGCAACGAGGAGACAUGCUCGCCUGAGAACUCGUUUUCAGUCACUCAGGAGUCAAUUCAAGUCUUCAACUGUGAGAACUGGUGUGAAGAAGAAACCGCCGAAGAGACAAAGGAAGAGGACUGAGUUAUCGGUAGUCCGGACCGUCAGGGGAAAACCAAACAAACAGGACUACAUACAAGGCAUCGGCGACGUCUCAGACCACCGGCUCUGACGACAAUGAUGACAUAGAUGAUAUAUUUGCCUCUGUAGGUUUGUGACACUUUGGAAUUGGACACAUCCGAGGACACAAAUGACUGUAUCCAGCUGAGCUUAGUAUACACAUACCUCUGUUUUGAAAGGAAAGAUGAUGUCAUGUGUAAUAAAACUGACGGUUGGACAUUGUAUGAAUGUUAUACAAGUGCUAAACAGCAGCCGUUACUUUUAAAGCAGAAAGUAACUAACUGUGAUGAAGAUUGUUUUUGUUUCUUUUUAGCCUGUAUUGGAUAGGACAGUAGAGAGGCACACAUGAAACAAGGAAAGAGAGAUGGAGGGGUAUUGCAUGCAACAAAGGUACCAGGCUGUAAUCGAACAUAUGGUGUUGCAGUUUGGCUUUUAGGACACCCAAAGUGAUGAAAUUUAACUGUGGGGUGACAUUUAGAUUUUUCUUUCAACCCGAAUGAAGAGUUGUCAUGUCUGAAGUUGAAAUGUUUUGAAGCUGCUGUGAGCUACUUUGAUCAAAAA